AUGCCCAAAGCUCCACCAGUUCCUCCCACGAGGACCAUUCCGCCCAUCAAGGCGAUGAAAACUGAGCGUACUCAUGAGGAGAAUCAGGAAAGAGCUUAUAUUGCCGCUUCGCGAAGGAGUGACCGGAGUCUAGAGGCGAGAGUCGAGUCUGCACGAAGAGCAUCCGAGAUUCAUAAGCGACGCACUGGUCGUUCAUUGCGUGUUACCGAGCAAGAUGUGAUCAAUGAGGAAAUGUAUGAAGAAGAGGACGAUGAUUUGCCGCUACGCUAUCGCCGGCUUACUGCACAUCUUCAAACUGGUUCUGCCGACUUCAAUCGAAGAUUAUCCGCCUAUUUGACACAGCAAGUGGCGGUACGGAAUAUGAUGGGACAAAUGUCCCAGAGCCCUUAUGCUCAAUAUCCCAAUAUGCCAUACCAACCACAAACAGCCAACAUGUUCGCUCCUCCUUUGAUGCCCCAAGCCAAUCUAGGUCAGUCGCCAACGACGAGUUACCGUUCUGUUCCAUACCCAUCUCCGCACCAAACAGAUUAUCGUCAGAGUCAUGGCCGAUCAUAUUCAAUGGCCUCGUUACCGAACAACAAGGCUCCGGCGUCACCCAAUCUUACAAUCCAAACACCUCUCGAUCAAAGACGGCUGUCAACCCCCACCAAUAUUCACACCAACGGCGAAACGCAGCAAGCUGGUCAUGGCAUUGAUACAAAUAAUAUCAAGCCCGAUCCAGACUAUCUCCAUCAGGCUCAAUCCGCCACAUUUCCACCAUCAGGCUCGUUCCCACCUUUGUGGCAAGACAUCGGUCCGUUCACAACCUCCCUUCCUCCCGAGGCACAGCAAAUGCUCGCCUACGCACCACAAUUUGAUGUCAACGAUCCGAACUAUACGAUGCUUAUGCAUGGCUCCGAUCAAUUUAUAUCCUCACCAUACUACCCAUGGCACGACAUGAAUCAAUCGGGACUGAAAGGCAUGCCUGUUCAUCCAUCCGCUUACCCAGGCAUGUCGGCGACUUUAGCGCCUUCAGCACUUGAGCAACAUCCUAUGAGCCAAGAAGAACCGUCCCAGAGCAACAAAAGCUCGACAUCCCUCGUCGCUCAUCAUAAAUCUUCGUUGACGCAGUCCUCACUGCCACCAACCGCCGGCCUCGAUUUCAACUUCAGUCGGGAGUCCAAAGGAUUUGACUUUGGCAGCAUGGACAUGUCGCGCGAGGACAGCCUUCAAGGCAUGUUCAAGACCUCAGGGAUGCCUUCAGGCCAGGUCACUCCGGCCGGCGAAGGGUUCUGGGACAAUUUCGUCAUGGAUGGUUCGUGGGAAGACGAGCAGCAAGCCAGUAAAUCCAUGAGCGGAAGCAUCGAGGACGAGGGCAGCACCACGAGCAGUGUCGGUGCCACGGCAGGAAGUUGA